UGUGCUGUGCGUGUAUCGUAUCUGUCUAAUGGUUUUGAAUUUUUGGCACUUUUAUUUGGUGUUUAAAUUUUGAAACACCCUUCUUUGUUUUCACCGUUUGAAAUGACUAAAGUAGCCCCCUCCCUCACCAUCCAAUUAACUAAUGUAAAUAUUGUUUAGUUUCAAUUUUCCUGCUGGGAUCAAAAUUACUGAUUUUUAUUUUUAUAGUGGGGUAUUGAUUUAAUAUUAGGUGAAGGAGAAGGAGAAGGUAGAGAUGAUGAUGAACAAGGAAACAUCACACUGGUGGUGGUUUGACAUUCACCAUACCUCAAGUGGCUCUCCAUGGCUACAAUCUACUCUUGCUGAGCUAGACAGGAAGACAAAGUCAAUGCUGAAACUGAUAGAAGCAGAUGCAGAUUCUUUUGCUCAACGUGCAGAGAUGUAUUACAAGAAACGGCCAGAGCUAAUCAGCAUGGUUGAAGAUUUUUAUAGGGCACAUCGCUUGUUAGCCGAGCGAUAUGAUCAACUUAAGUCUGACUCUGGAAACCGCCUCAUGGCAACAUUUGGGUCACCAUUUUCAACCAAGCACCGACCGGAGAAUUUAAUGAGCGUGAAGACAGAUCAAACCUAUGAUAGCCACUCCGAGACCUGUGACUCUGCUGGGUCUGAAGUAGAUGACCCUGAACAAGAUGAAAUUCAAGUUGUUAAAGAAUUGGAAGAAAUUGAGACUCCUGAAGGAAAGGAAGAAACCCACGUUGAGGACUCUGCUGAAUCUGAAGUGGAUGACCUUGAACAAGAUCAAAUUCAAGUUGGUAAAGAAUUGGAAGAAAUUGAGACACCUGAAGAAAAGAAAGAAACCCUUGUUGUUGAUGGAAUGAAACAUGUUGAAGUUUGCAUCAGGUACAAUGCUGAAGUGACGAAGUUGAAGGAAGAAAUAGAAAGGCUCGAGGAAGAGAAGAGGAUUUACAGGGACUAUCUUUUGCAGAAAGACGCAGAGGGGAGAGAACAAAAGAAAGAAAUUCAAGUCCAUGAAGGAAUAAGAGAAGCUGAAAUUUCAAGGGUUGUGUACAAUGCUGAAAUGAUGAAGUUGAGGGAAGAAAUAGAAAGGCUUAGGCGAGAGAAGACAAUUAGUAAGGAUCAUCCUUUGCAGAAACUUGAAGAGAAGAGGAAAGAAAAGAGAGAAACUCAAGUCAAUGAAGGAAUCAAAGAAGUUGAAUUUUCUAGUGUUUUCUACAAUGUUGAAGUGGUGAGGAUGAGGGAAGAAAUCGAAGUUCUCGGAGAAGAGAACAGGAUUUACAAGGAGCAUCUUUUGCAGAAAGAUGAAGAGAAGAGGGAAGUAAUAAGACAGCUCAGUUUAGCAGUUGAAGUGUUGAAGCUAGAGAAUGUGAAGCUGAGGAGGUGCGUAGCUAACCAAAACAGAAGCCAUUUCUCCGUCGAGAAGCUGAAGGAUGUAUUUCGCGGGAAGCUUUUUAAUGGAUCUUCAAAGUCUCAGAGUAGUGUCCUAGCUCUCUAGAUGUGGAUUUUCGACGGUAAGUAGCGUAGUUUGUAAACACAGUUUAUAUCUAUCGAGAAUAGGUUGUAAUAUCAGGUGCAUAAUUACCCUCGAAGUCAACCUAGGAAAAUUACUAUAGUGUUUAUGUUCAUUAUGGCAUUGCUCUAAUCUUAUUUUAGCGUAUACUAUUUUACAAUUUUUAGGAAAGUCAUCGUAAUGUUAUUCAAUCAAAUCAUCCUUAAUCUUUAGUUUUAUAAGGUGAAAAGGAUAUUAAGUAAAAUGGAAAAAUAGAAUAUGCAGCCUAACAACAUUAAUGCAAUUGCCAUACACUUUCAUUCACCUCAACAAAGCAUAUAAUAUACACACUAGCAUAUAAAAAAGAAGAAAUGUCCAAACA